AUCAUCAUCUUACAUUUAUCGAAGAAACAUGCACAGAUCGAGCAGCACAAACAGGGUGUACGAUGAAUAUCUCAAGUACUAUUCCUCCCCGUCGGAUGAACUUCCUGUCUUGGAACCGUUAUCGGAAUCAUCCAAGAAAGUCAGAUCUCGUACUAGAUUUUCAGACAACGCCAUUCACGCUAUUCCUUUCCUCCUCCUCCUUUGCGCACUCAUCCUCUGGUUUCUUUCUAAUCCAUAUUUGGAAUUACCGAGGAAUGAGGCAUCAGUAAGAGAAAUGGAUGGGACUUUAGCAGCCAUAGACAGUGAUACUGAUCAAACCGGCGUUUUAGCAGCCAUAGACAUGAUGAGCUUGGAUUCGACUAAAGGUGACGACGAUAAUGACAACAAAGCUUCUUCGUUUCAAUAGCUACAUUCUCAACCCUAGUUUUCACAAUAAUAACAUCUGUACGUAAUUAGUAAUGGAUUGAAACCAAAAACCUGC